CCGUCGCGCUGGCGUCGCUCGUCUCGUAUCAGCGCAUGGCGCACGCGUGCUUCGUGCGACCGCGCGUGGCGUUUGCGCACCAAAUCGUCGGCGCCAAACGCGCGACGCACAUAAAAUUUAGCGAUUCCGACGAAGACGACGACGAGCGAGUCGACGGGAAAAGUGGUGUCGAGGGUGAUGAUGAAUCCUCGUGCGACGAGCGCGAGGGCGAGUACGUUUUACCGCUGAAUGCGUCGCAGCGACGGGCGUUGCGUCGAUUCUUCGCGCGCGACGGGCAUUUCGAUCAGUUACAAAUGGUUCAAGGACCGCCGGGAUGUGGGAAGACGCACUUCAUCGUAUCGCUCCUCGCGGUGCUCGCGGCGAAGAAACAGCGCGUACUCGUGUGCGCGCCGAGCAACAAGGCUGUGUGCGUCGUGAUGGAACUUUACCUGCGAACGUGCGGCGAAGACGCCGCGCCGUGCGUGCUCACGGGCGCCGAGGAUACGUUGCGAGAGGCGUCGUCGGUCGACGGCGGGGCGAUGGAUUAUUUCAUUUUCGAACGUUGCAACGUCAUCGCGUCGUCUUUUCGACGAUCUUUCGUUUCGGGAGGCGACGGCAUUCGCGAGAGCGCGAAAGCCGCGCGGCGAGCUCUGGAAUCCAUAGCGCCUUCGUUUUGCAAGGGCGUCGUCGCCGAAGGUCUCUCCGCCGUCGCCGCGAUGGACGACGAAGCGUCCAUGCGCGCUCGAGGUGAGGAGAUCGCGCGAGAAAUCGAAAAGGGCUCGGGGCGCGGUGAGCGUUCGGAUGAAUUCGCGCGCGAAGCUUUGAAUCGCGCGAGCUUGGUGUUCUGCACGCUCGCGAGCGCAGGCCAGUCGAUCAUGUCUUCGCUCGAGCAGCCCGACGCCCUCGUCGUGGACGAAGCCGCGCAGGCGCUCGAGCCGGAGAUUGCGAUUCCAUUUUUGCGGUAUCCAAGAAAAGCACUGCUCGUGGGCGAUCCUGCGCAGUUGCCAGCCACGUUGAUCUCGGAAAUCGCUCGACGUCACGGCCACGCGACUUCGCUCAUGGAACGAUUGAUGUCCGCGAACGCCGAGCGCGCGAGUUUGCUCGACACGCAAUACCGAAUGCAUCCGUCGAUCGCGAGUUGGCCUGCAGCGCAAUUUUACGGUGGACGCCUCGCGAACGCCGAUCACGUGUUGACGCGAAAUCUCCCGCAAGGUCUUUCAUCCAGCGUGCCGUCGUACGCCUUCGUGGACGUGGCGAGCGUCGAGAGUGGCGGAGUGGGAAAAUCGAAGUGGAACCAGCGCGAGGCCGACGUCGCGUGUGCGCUGAUUCGAGCGUUGAAAACCAAGUCUCCGACGCUUUUCGUCGUGUGCAUUACGUUUUACAGCGCGCAAGUUCGUGCCAUCGCUCGAGCUUUGCAACGAGCAGGCGUUCGCGAUGUGGCGGUGCACAGCGUCGAUUCGUUUCAAGGAAGCGAGGCGGACGUCGUCGUGUGUUCCGCCGUGCGAAGCAACGCAAAGGCGAACGUGGGAUUUUUAUCCGAUAAACGUCGUCUCAACGUCGCGCUGACGCGCGCAAAAUAUUCCUCAAUUGUCCUCGGGUCGCGCGAUACGUUGUCUCGAUGCGGCGUCGACGCGUUGCGUUCGCUCGUCGAAGACGCCGCGGCGCGCGACGUCAUCGUCUCCGAGCAUGACAUCGUGCGUAGAAUUAUUAGAAAUUAG